UUCUCCCCAGAUCCCACUAGUGUGAUUGUAUUAGGUUGUUGUUGUUCGUAGGUUUCAUUUCAACCGUUCACAUGCAAAAAGGAAAUUGGGAAGAAAGAUUUGGAAAAGAUAUCAUGUAAACCGCGUUAUGUGUACUAGUUACUAAUUAAAUAGUGUUGCAUGUCUUCCAUGAAAUUCAUUUUCUUGAUACCUUUUUGACUUUGUGUGAAUUUGAUUGCCGCAACAAAAAGAAACUUACAAACUGCCUUUUUUGCCAUAUUGUGUUUGUGCCCAUAUGUCCGUAAUAAGCAUGUAUAAAAUGGAGCAAUAGCCUGCCCUGUUGCAGCAAAACCUAGGAAUUACUAUUACAACUGAAAAACAUAGUAAGAUUAAGAUCAGUUCUUGUAGCCAUGGCUGGCCCUUUCUUUCAUUUAUUUGUGGCUUUUCUUUGCUUUUCUCAUGCAAUCCCAGUCACAAGGAGCAGAAGUUUGCUAGUGGACAUAUCUCAAGAACAUAAGGUGUUGGAGAAUACCCAUAUGGCAAAUAUGGAGGAGAGGUUGGAAGUAGAAGAAACAAUAAGAAGAGUAAUGGAAGCUGAGAUCAAUGAUUAUCCAGGUUCUGGGGCGAAUAAUCGCCACACGCCAAGGCCACAACUUGGGAGAAGCUGUGUCGAAUGCUAAGAUUAUACAUAGAUAUAUGCAUGUUUCAGAUAUUUAAUGCAUAGGAGUACUAUGUUAAGAAAAGAUGUAACUAAUUAGCACCAUUUUCAUUUUAAUUGGCUCAUAUUUUGAAUAGCUUAAGGGGUUCAUAUCAUCUUUUGUUGUUAUGGAGUACAUUUUCUGAGAGAGGAGAAGCUAACUAUGUAUUGUGUGGACUUUUACUAUGUUCGUGGGUGAGUUAUGGCAAUUUCAAAUUCGUUCUCUA